UGUGUGUCUGUGUGUGUGUGUGUGUGUUAGCUGGUUCGAUGGGCUCUGGAGAUCACAGACGCAGCCUAGUGGAGAUCCUGAGGCAGGGCUAUGAGGGGGCGGAGGAGGAGUCCAGGGCCCUAGUGGAACUGGAGAAGAGCCUAGGUGCCGCCCAAUGAAGAUGGCAGCACGCCCCCACACUGGCAGUGAGAUGCCCCUGGAGGAGCUGCUGGCGCUGUAUGGCUACGAGGUGUCUGACCCCCUCCUACAGCAGGAAAGGGAGCCCAAUGAGCUGUCAGCCAGUCUGCCUGACAUGACACUGGACAAGGACCAGAUAGCUAAGGAUCUGUUCUCAGGAGAAGAUGAAGAGGAGUCAUCAGCUGAUGACCUCACUCCCUCUGUCACCUCCCAUGCCUCCGACCUCCUCCGCCGCCACCUAAGAGCCCAUUCCCUAGCAAGUGGAGACAAAGGCACCUUAGUCAGCACCUCAGAAGAAGACUCAGACAAUGAUGACGACACCUCCAUUCCCUCCAAUGAUGGACGCAAGGACAUCAUGGUGGGCUCAAUGUACCAAGCCAAAAUCCCUACUCUCAGCCUAUACUCAGACCAGGAGAGAGUCUAUGAGAAUGAGGACCAGCUCCUGUGGACCCCAGACAUGCUGUCAGGCCAUGCUGUAGAGGAGUUCUUACUGAGUGCCCAGAGAUGGGGAGGCCAGGAGGGCACUAAAGACACCCUUAUCACUGGGGAAUUAAUCAAAGACAAUGAUCAGGCUCUGUAUGAGCUGGUGAAAUGCAGCUUCAAUGCAGAGGAGGCACUGAGAAGACUGCGCUUUAAUGUGAAAGUAUUCAGCGAGGAGCUGUGUGCCUGGAGCGAGGAAGAGUGUCGAAACUUUGAACAUGGCUAUCGAGUUCAUGGGAAGAACUUCCACCUCAUUCAGGCCAAUAAGGUACGCACACGGUCGGUGGGGGAGUGUGUGGAGUAUUACUACAUGUGGAAGAAGUCGGACCGCCAUGAGUACUUUACCCAGCAGACCACCAAGCUGGGUCGCAAGAAGUACAGUCUGCAGUCAGGGAACAUGGAGGAUGGAGAGCAGGAUGGAGAGGUUGGGGAGAUGGAGGGGUGUUCCCAGAUUGAGCCCCACUCACCCCCACCAGUCACGGACCUGGACAAGCAAGAUGAUGAAUUGCAGAUGGAGGUGUUGGAGCUGUGUGGUGCUCCUUGUCCCAGUCCAAGCCCACAGAGGGAGCAGCUGUUCAGCCACUUAUCUCCACUCCCCUCUCUGAAGGACCUGCAGCAGGAGCCCUCUCUGAACUGUCCUAGCCCGGUCCGCUGUCCCACCUCUCCCCAUGCCCAGCUCCACCCCUCCCCCCGGCCCAGCGGCAGCCCCACAUCCUCCCCAGCAGAGCCUCAUCUCCUGGGUUCUGGCUUCUACCAGCUGCAGCUGGGGCCCUUCCUUCCAGACGGCCUGUCCAUGGGGCCAGAGGGUGGGGCCUCUCAGAGGCUGAAGGUGGACUUCUCCCUGCCCUCCGUCCCCCAGCCCCCGCCCUUGCCUGCCAUUGCCCCAUCCUCCUCCGUCACUUCUGACUUUGGGGCCAUCAGCAGUUACCUGUGUCCCUCGGCCCUGUGCCCCCCUCCCGUCCAGCACUCCGGCUCGCUCACCAAGUGAGGGGAGGAAGAAGGGUGUCUUUACCCUGGAGAACAUUCCAAUAAUGCCUGAGUUGUUUGUACUUCUAAGUACUGCCAGUUGAAGCUAACUUGGACCAGAGCUCACCCAUGUGAUGGUGUGAAGCUCCCCAGGAGAGAAACUGUCUUUUUGCCCGGGAGAUAGGCCUACCUGUAUCAGUGUUUACUAGGGGACUCCCACUGCUCACAAGCACAAUGGCUUACCUACCUGUCUAUUCUGGAAGGGCAGUAGUUCUACGGAGACGUUCUUAGAGAAUUCUUAGAUAUAAUGUUGGGACUGGAAAAGCUGGUGGGCUCGUUGAUGGCUCCAAGGCCAAAACAGUUAGCCUGAUGUUUGUUGCAGUGGCCUCAUUCAGAGCAGAACUAGAGACUGUGAUUUAACCUCCCUCACUGGUUUCCCAACUUUUACUGGGAACAGUGAGCAGCAGACAGACCGCAUGACCUGGAAUCCAUCAUGCUGUAUUAUAGCAGAUGUCCACGAGAUGUUCUCAUUCUCUAUCAGUUCUGAUAAGGCUGUUUUUAGAAGCAGGGUUCAGUCUGCACUUGUAUGACAUCACCAAUCUGACUGUGGACCUCUUAGGUAGGAUCUGCCUCCCUGGUUCACUGUGAGAGCUUCCACCUCUCUUGAACAUCUACAACUGAAACUGAAGGUGUUGUAUACAGUACGUUUAAGAGGAAAGAUCUGUAUAGGAAUACCAUGAAACUGCUUUUGAGAUUGUCACAAUGUUUUUAUUUUAUUGGUCUUUGUUCCCAGUUCAGGUAUUCAUUGGCAGGUUUGCAAUAAGGAACCUGAGUUUGUGAUGGGAGUCCUUGUGUUCUCUCUUUCCAGUUUAUGUUGACAUUUGAAGGUCUUGUACAGUACCAAACUCCCACAAUUGCCUGACAACCACGGUAGGCACAUUAGCCUGUGUUUUGCGCAUUAUUGUACAUGCUACUGUAGGUAAGUCACUGAAUACACAGGUACUGUAGCCUCUGGCUUCUUCCCUGUACCUCAACUCCAGUUUUUGUGUGAUUUAAGGUUUGAAUAUUGCCCUGAACCACCCAUCCGACCUUGUGGAAAAAGCCCAACGGCAUUGAAGUACAAAGACCCAAAAGGGGUGUGUUCAGAAGGGUGAAACCUUAUGAACGUUGCAGAUGGAGAAUGUGAUAUACAGAGCUAACGCGCUUGCUUAUUCCGUACCGUUGCACCCUCCUGAACAGACCCCAGGUUUCACUGAUGCUGUACUGUAUUCUGCCACUAGAGGACCUUGGCUAUCGCCUAGUCUGAAGAGAGCCUGCCUGCUUCGUUCCCCCUGCUCAGGGGGAGAGAAUCUGUCCCCUGUGCUCUCUGUCCCGAUGGCAGGAAAACUCCAUUUCUUUAUUUAUUCCCCAUUUUCUAUUUUUAUAGGUGGGGUUUUCCCUCUACUCCCUGCUCUGACCUUAGCUGUUCUAGAUCGGUUUGUUUUUGUUCAACCGUUUACAGGAGGUUCUGGACGUUGACUAUCGGGACAGGAAGGGGAGUAGAAACACUGCCUUUUGUUUAUUUUUCAGCAUUUAUAUCAUACUGCUUCUGUUUAUAUUGGUUUGUAAUUAUAAUUGUUAUAUUUUGUAAAAAAAAAUAUAUUAAAAAUGUUGACAAUUAA